AUGGCUAUUGUAGGGGGCGCAACAACAGAUGGUGAGAAACACAGGCGUCACCGAAGACGUCGCAUGAGUGAUACUCACCAGCGACGAUAUGAGGAUCGCGGCGACCACUCCUCAGACCCUACCGUGCCUGCUGAUAAAGACUUUGGUCGACCAGCCGAUGUUGCGGCCCUGAGAGAAGCGCGGCUGAAGUCGAUGUCGAAGCCUACUACCGCUCGGAAAAAAAUGAAGAUUGAGUACGAGUAUACACGACCUCAGAAGUCAACAUCCACAUCGAAGACAAAGUCCUCCAAGGUCGACUCCUCCACCGUUCUUGGAAGGAAGUCUUCUGUCGCUACUGCCCGCUUAAAGUCAGCAUCUACUUCAUCUACAGCAAAGAGGAGGACUGAAGAUACUGAAGAUGAAUACGUCUACAAGUCUAGCAGGUUGUCCAGUGUCGGUCGCCGCGAUGCUCGGAAAGUGAACAACGAUAGAGAUGAAGCGAAGCUCAAGGCUGCACCAGAACGUCGAAGGACCACGACUCAUGCGACUGAGAAACCGAGGGUAGAAAGACGGAGGACAGAACCUUUGCCUGGCCUUAUUAGGUCUUCGACCAAUGCAACUACACGACCACAAUUGCGGAAAAGCACAACCACGGCGAAGAUGUCAGACAUCCGGGGUGCGAACACAACCGAAACCCUCAUCGGGACUGAGACCGUAGUCAGCACUUCGAAAGCCAAUAAACCGCAGCGUAAUUCUUCACUGUUCGGUACUCUGUUCGCGAAGCCCCCUCCUCCACGUGAAAAGCAAGUGUCCUGUCUGACCUGUGGCUCCGACGAUAUCCCUCUACGUCGAUCCGCGAAACUUCCCUGUGCACAUCAUCAGCACAUUUCCCUGAAACAUGUCGAUUCGCUGUUUGACGACGACUUCAGGAAGACGUGGAACAAGAAGUUCAAAGAGUACAAUGCGAAACACAGAAUAUAUUGCCCUCGCAAGGGCUGUGGAGAAUGGAUACAACCAAAGCACAUAUGCAAUGAGCAUGGCCGUAAGGUUGGCUACUGUCCGAAGUGUAAAUAUGCUGUUUGUGGCACGUGCAAUCAGAAGGCACACAGAUCACGCGAGUGCCCAAAAGAUCCAGCCAUGAAGCAAUUGAAUGAGAUUGCCGAACAACAAGGUUGGCGAAAAUGUUACAAUUGCUCUGCUAUGGUUGAAUUGAAGGAAGGAUGUAACCAUAUGACCUGCAGGUGUCUGGCUGAGUUCUGUAUGGUUUGCGGCCUCAAGUGGAAGAGCUGUGAUUGCCCUUGGUUCAACUACGAUGCCGUCAACGAUUUGCAGGGCGACCCGAUGCGCUACCAACAGGAGAUGGAUCGACGCAGAGAACAAGAAAGAAGAGACGAGGAUAUGGCUCGACAAAUGGCCGGCCUAGGAUUGAGAGAUCGGAAUCGUCGUCGACACAGAGCUGGAUCAGAGGACAACGUCAACAUUGUGGGACUCGGCAAUGCAGCGCCUGAUCACAUGAACGUGAAUUUUAUUCAACAGGCACGAGAAGCACUUACCGCUAACUACCAGCAUGCAGAGGUCGCAGCUCGAGGUCUACUGGGUGGUUGGCUGACUGGUCGAGAGAACCCUCUUCCAACAGGCUUGCCCGGCACUCUGGAUGAGCAGACACGGAAUUUGCAGCAACAGCCAGCUGUGAUUGCGAACAAUCAAGGACGCCGCAGGCUACACCAGCAACCUCGAUUUGGAUAUGCCAACACUCCAGACAAUCCUUACCCAUAUCGUUGA